GUAGAUGCCAGUGAAUGUGCCGCAGUGAAAAAUGCAACAAUAACAGCGUUUGUGAAACAUGCUACUGUUUGUGUGCAGUCAGGCAUGUGUGUCCCUCUCUGAAGCCUGUGUGAGAAACGACCCGUGUGUUAUUCCACAGCGCUGGACACACGGGAGGCACAUCCAGUCAAAGUUAAAGAUCCUGUCGUGGAAAUACAGUCAUAAACUCAUGACUGCACGAGUUUUUAAAAGAACUUCACUAGAGGAAUUUGUCACACUUGGGUCAAUUUUCUCUUUUGUAAAAAUAAAUGUCGAGAGUCUAAACGUGUCCUGCUCUGGAAGACAGCAUGAAGAGUUUCAGCCGGUCCCAACUGACUGCCAUGACAACAGGUUUGCUCCUGCUCUGUCUGGGUAGCUCAGGUCUGGAGCUCAAUCCCAGCGUCUCUCAGGUCAUCCUCUCCAUCAACUCCUCCUUCAGCAUCACCUGCUCCGGCUGGAAUGACGUCACCUGGCGCUUCAAACGGGAGGAGAAAGUUCCGGAGUUCCACGUCGAGAAGCCAAGUUUGUCCUCCAGCGUUCUCAGUCUGGAGCAGGUGACGUGGAGACACACGGGCGUUUAUGUGUGUUCGGAGAACGGGACAGAUGAGACCAGAGAGGUGGCCGUCUUUGUGCCUGGUUUGCUCCUGCUCUGUCUGGGUAGCUCAGGUCUGGAGCUCAAUCCCAGCGUCUCUCAGGUCAUCCUCUCCAUCAACUCCUCCUUCAGCAUCACCUGCUCCGGCUGGAAUGAAGUCACCUGGCGCUUCAAACGGGAGGAGAAAGUUCCGGAGUUCCACGUCGAGAAGCCAAGUUCGUCCUCCAGCGUUCUCAGUCUGGAGCAGGUGACGUGGAGACACACGGGCGUUUAUGUGUGUUCGGAGAACGGGACAGAUGAGACCAGAGAGGUGGCCGUCUUUGUGCCUGGUAAGAACUCAUGA